AGUGAAAUAGAUUUACAUUCAUAUAAUAACUACAAAAUACUAAAUAAAUUAGAUUAUCAACUCAAUUACUUAUACUAGCAAUAAUAAUACUAGAAUAACAACAAUUUAAUUACAUACAUAGUUUUGAGAAAAAUUCAAUUAUUGUGCAAAACUACACAAUCAAUAUAACAAAAACAAUGGAUUCGUCAAUUCUGUUACCAAACUCUGUGUUUCAUAAUCCCAUUCUGGAUAUCGACGACCAAAACAAAACACAUACUAUAAAUGAAUUGAUCAAGGACUUUACGCUCACUGUCGACACCUUGUUUAACAUUAAACGGGUGUUUAUUGAGGAGAUGGAGGCGGGCCUGGCAUUAGCUCCGGAUAGUAAAUCAUCUCUACUCAUGCAGAAUACGUUUGUACCGGAGUUUCCCGAUGGUAAUGAGUCGGGUUACUAUUUGUCACUAGACUUGGGCACUACUAAUCUACGGGUAAUACUGUCCAAACUGGUCGGUGGGUCACAGAAAGGUGUGGACAAUGAGUUUACUGUGAAAUACUAUGACAUUCCCAACGAGUGCCGCAGGGGUUCGUCCGAUAAUUUAUUCGCAUUGCUGGCCGAGUGCAUCGACGACUUCGUGGCCGAGUCGUUGCCCGGGUAUGGGAAACGGCUGGCGCUGGGCUUUACCUUCUCGUUCCCGAUGACAAUGACUGCCCUAAAUGUGGGUAUUCUGGAAACGUGGACCAAAAACUUUGACUGUCCGGACGCCGUGCGGGUCGACUGCGCCCGACUGCUCCAGGAGGCCAUCGACCGCCGGCCGGGCCCUCUGCCGGUCGAUGUGGUGGCCAUAUUGAACGACUCGANAGCAAAAAUUAAU